CCCCGCGGGUGGCGAAGCGUCCCGUCGAGGCCGCAAACGGCUCCAGCCCCACGAGGCCCAGCUCCUGCGCGCGCCUGCGCUCUCGCGACUGCUCGGCUUGCUGGCGGCGGCAAUCAUGUCGGCCUCUGCGACGGCGACGGCCCCUGCUCCGGCGGAAGCGGGCGGCGGGGGAGGCGGCGCCGCCGGGGACAAGCAGCGCUCCUCCUCCGGCCCCCUCAACGUGGAAGGCAUCGACCUCCUGGAGAAAUGCGGGGUGUGCCGCGAGCGGCUGCGCUCCGAGCGGGAUCCGCGCCUCCUGCCCUGCCUCCACACCGUCUGCAAGGAGUGCAUUAAAGUCGAGCCCGCCUCGGGCGGCGGCAACAACAAGGAGGGUCAAGUGGUCGACUGCCCAGUGUGCAAGCACCAGUGUUACUUAAAAGACAUAGUGGAAAACUACUUCCUGAGGGAUGGUGGCACAGAGGCGCUUGGGGAUGCUAGAGAUGCCAACCAGUGUUGCACCAGCUGUGAAGACAAUGCCCCAGCCACCAGCUUCUGUGUCGAGUGCCAAGAGCCCUUGUGUGAGACAUGCGUGGAGGCUCAUCAGAGAGUGAAGUACACGAAGGACCACACCGUCCGGUCCACAGGCUCCUCUAAGUCGCAGGAGAGAGAGAAGACCGUCUACUGCUCCGUCCACAAGCAUGAGCCGCUGGUGCUCUUCUGCGACACGUGUGACACCCUGACCUGCCGGGAUUGCCAGCUGAAUGCACACAAGGAUCACCAGUACCAGUUCUUGGAAGAUGCGGUUAAGAAUCAACGCAAGAUGCUGGCCUCCUUGGUCAAGCGCCUGGGAGAUAAAAAUGCCAAUCUCCAGAAGUCAACCAAGGAAGUGCGCACCUCGAUUCGGCAGGUGGCAGAUGUGCAGAAGCGAGUGCAGGUGGACGUGAAGAUGUCCAUCCUGCAAAUCAUGAAGGAGCUCAAUAAGCGGGCCAGGGUGCUGGUCAACGAUGCACAGAAAGUCACUGAAGGGCAGCAAGAGAAGCUGGAGAGGCAGCACUGGGCCAUGACAAAGCUCCAACGGCACCAGGAGCAUAUCCUCCGCUUUGCCAACUGGGCCCUGGAGAGUGACAACAACACGGCCUUGCUGCUCUCAAAGAAGCUGAUAUACUUCCAGCUGCACAGGGCUUUGAAAAUGAUUGUGGAUCCUGUGGAGCCCCACGGAGACAUGAAAUUCCAGUGGGACUUGAAUGCUUGGAUCAAGAGCGCCGAAACAUUUGGUCAGAUAGUUUCAGAACAGAGUGGUUUGCCAGUGACCCCCAAUGCCCAGACACAGCGGGCCAAUGCUGCAUCUGGAGGAGUGGCAGUCAGGCAGGGCUCUGUUCCGCCUUCUCAGGGUGUCCAACAGAUGUCUCUGCAGACAAGCAUAAUGAAUAAGGGAGCUCUGCUUCAGCCUGUGCUGCCUUCCAACAGCCAGCGGCAGGCCAUCCCUGACUGCUAUAUCAAUGAUGCCAGUGCCUCUUCUGCUGGACAGCCAAUGGACAUCGGUGAUGGUUUUGGCGUAGAAGGAUCAUACUCUGGUGAAGUAUCUGGCAUGAAGAGGCCCCGUGGCCAAGAUGGAGAGACUGGUCUCGUGCGCAAAGUGCCCCGCGUCAGCCUGGAGCGUCUGGAUGUGGACCUGACGUCUGACAACCAGCCACCUGUCUUCAAAGUAUUUCCAGGCAAUUCCCGCGAAGAUUACAAUCUCAUUGUGAUUGAACAGGGAGGCCAGCAAGGUGCUGCUGCUGCAGGACUACCGAUUGCAGGCACUGCAGUGAAGGAGGAGCAGAUGGAGGCGGCUAUCGAACACCCAGCCUCUGCUGCAGAUGCUAAAGACACCAAGCCAGUUCUCCUGCCCCAGGAUGCUCUUCUUCCGGAAGGCUCCUCAGCUCCCCGGCUCAUCUCCCCCAGUGGCAGCACCAGCUCUGCUAUGGAAAUGCAGUCUGUUCACAGUCAUGAUGGCACAGCCAAUGGGGAGGAAGCUGCUUGCUGCAGGAUCUGCCUGAAAGCUGGAGCUGUGGUCAUGUGUGAUGGCUGCAAGAAGUGCUACCACCUGGAUUGCCACCUGCCUGCCCUUCAGGAAAUCCCUGGCCAGGAAUGGAAGUGUCUACUGUGUGAGGAGACCGUGACAGCCGUUGGAGCGGAUGGAAAAGACGUGACUCCAAUCUUCAUAGAUGGGGAGCCAAAGACGCUCUCGGAAGUUGACCAGAAGAGAUGUGAACGAGUUCUCCUUGAGUUACUGUGCUCUGAGCCAUGCAGGCCUCUUCACCGACUCUCCAAUGCCACGGAGGGGCAGAACACAAUUGACUUGACCUUGAUCAGAGCCAAGCUGCAGCGGAAGCUCUCCCCACCCUAUGGCUCUCCCGAUGAGUUUGCAGAUGAUGUCUGGAAGAUGUUCAGGCAGUUUAACAAGCUGACAGAGGACAAAGAGGAUGUCCAGUCCAUCAUUGUUCUACAGCGCUUCUUUGAGGCCAAGCUGAACGCUGCAUUUGGUGACCGGAAGUUUUCAGCGCUCCGUGAACCCAUCAAUGUGGACGAACCACAGAAAGAAAGCGCCCUUCCCCCCCAUGGCUCCCCAGUCACUGACCCGGGUGAGACCGCUUCUUCUAAGUCUGACGGGAGUGGUGGGGAUGAGGGGACGGCAGCCUAAAAAAAUAAAAAAAAAAGCAGCCUCUUAAAACGGACCAGCAUUCCACGGAGGAGAGGAAACGGGGGAGCCACCAUCUUGACGCUGCCCUCGCCUGUCCCUGCCCUCCACUCUUCUGGUCCUCCUUUGUUCCCUUCUGCACCUCUCUGCCUUUUUUUUUUGGAGAGUUAUUGUAGAAUUUGACUGCUUAGAUAAUGGUUAUAAAUGGUCUGAACUGUUCUUUUUUUCUUUUCUUUUUUUUUUUUGCCUGACAAAUUUUAUGCCCUUGUUCUGACAAAUACACUUUGUGUUUUUUUGUAUUGAAAUGGAAAUGAAUGGGGGAAAUCCAGACCCCUGUACCCUGCUCUCCUCUCGGACUCCUUUCUUCCUCCUAGUGGGAACAAGGUAAUGGUUCCCCCUCUUUUUUUAAUCCCCACCUUCACCCCAUCACGGAUGAAGCUGUUGUGGCCCAGAUGCAAAUUGAAUCUCCCAGUAACUAAUUGCUGCCCCGUCAAAUAUACUUGACUGCUCUUGGUGGGUCUACAGCAGAUCCCAGCUACAUUGAGAGUCAAGGUCACAGUCUCUCUUGUGCCCCGUUUGUCUUACGAUAAGAUGGACGGCAGCACUUCUUGGCAUUGUGGGUUCUGAACUUACUCAUGGUCCUGGUUUCAACUUACCUGGAUAUCUGACCGAUGCAACGGUGUUUAGGCCUCCAUGACAGCUAUUUUCUAAGGUGGUGGUUACUCUCUGAAAGUUUUCAUGUGUCCAAACAAGGCUCUUUGCUUUUCCUUCAGUUUGUUCCAAGAGGCGACGCCUGUUUUCAUAGGUCAAGGUAGCUGUAGGUUUUUAAAUCCAGUCGUCUCUGCCGUGUAGCCAUACUUUCUGGCUGUACGUAUCUUCAAAUGCUUUCUGACCCAGUAGUUUAUCCUCACUAUCCCAAGAGCCGUUCUCAUUGAAAUGUGCUUUUUUUUUUUGGCUUAUGUAUAUUUUAGACUGCUUCUUUCAUGUUCAGAAAUAAAAAAAUGUUUGCAA